UAUUGGGCAACAAAGAUUGCUUGUGACAAAGUUAGUGUCUGCAGUUUUACUUUUGGAAUAGUCGCUGUGGAGUUCAGUAGCCGGAUGUUGCAAUUCCGUCUCUAUUGCAUUUAAAGUGCGUUUUCGUGGUAAUGAAUUACCACGCAUUCAUUGUUCUCCUGUCUUUGUAAAUUUACACGCAGAUCUUGUCUGGCGCCAAAUUUUAUGAGAUGUUUACCUACGUCAGCAGUUUCUAUUAAUUUAUGUCUGUCAACAAAAGACAAUUCCUACUAUAAUUAACAACUCCGUUUCGACACGUCAAGAAUUUCUCCUGCACAAAUCUUGACGGUAUGCACAGUGUACACAGCGCUAUCUGUACAGCCAGCUUAGAAUGUUGAUGCUGUAUCUAUCGUUUGAAUUGUCACUGGUAUUUUCUGUGAUCAAGAGGUGAAGGCGUGAGGUGUGUUGUAGGUGUUUGGAGAUGUUGAAAGCCAUGUCUGAGGUGGAUACAGUAGUGAAGGUGUUUAAGGCUGUUUUGCAGUAUCCGUCACCAACUUCUGCAUCAGUAAUGAAUGGAGUUGCUGGCAGCAAUGGAAUAACUAUUUUAUCGUCUUGGUCACAAGGAAGUCUGGAAAGAUUAAAGUCUAUAAAAUUUCAACAGACACAUAUUUUUGAUUCAUCAUUAAACAAAGUCUCAGAUACAUUACCAGUGGAUAUAUCUUUUGAGCUGUUGUCAACUUUUUCCAAGUCGGAAGAGUUGCGAGGAGUUGUUCGAGAUAUUUCGUUUGAACCUAAAAAAAAGAAACAGCACUUGGAAGUUUGGAAGCGUCAAAAGUUAUGGAAGACUUUUGAUCUUUCUGCUCUAGAGGUUCAUGGAGAUGUAUAUUCUGACAGCGAUUUUGGUUCUUUUGACUUUUCCCCUUGUGAACAAAAGCUGCUGUACAUUGCUGAGAAGAAGCUACCAAAGACUGAACCAUUUUACAAGCCAAAACCUCAGGAUAAGGGAGAUAUCGCUGCUGGAGAUGCAAAAGCCACAAAGGGGGAGGAGUAUGUGUUCCGUCAAGAUUGGGGAGAACAGUUAGUGGGAAAGCAUGAGCCUGUGGUAGUUGUCUGUGACACAGAAUCAGAAACAGUGUUUGUCCCUGUAGGAAUUCCAGCUCAUCUGUCGCCUGGCCAAGUGACUUGGACCCCUGAUGGCAAGGGGAUCGUGGGAGUUGCGUGGGAAAAUGAACCACGACGCCUCGGGCUCAUAUACUGUACCAACAGACAGAGCUACAUCUUUCAUCUCACUGCAGAUGGAGUCUUUAAUAUCCUGUCCAGUGAGGGUCAAGCUGUGCGAUCACCUCGAUUUAGCUCGAAUGGCGAAUACUUGGUGUGGUUGCAGCGUCCGAGCGGAGGCCCUCAUCACGGUGCACAUAAACUGAUGUGUUGUAAAUGGAACUCAAAGCAGGUGGAGACGGUAGUGGACAUAGUGCAACGGGAAGCUCCCACAGUGGGCUCAGGUCCAUUCUACGGUCUCUUCAACGAUUCAUUGCCCAGACGCUGCUGGGCUGAAGACUCAUCACGUCUCAUCCUGAGUACUCCUCAGAGGUGUACCAUUAAGAGUUAUGUGAUAAACAUAGAGAACAAGAGUGUGACAGAGCUGGAUUGUCCAGAAGGCAGUCAGAUAGUGCUGGACGUUCGGAACGACAUCGUUAUUUGCGCGAGGAGCUCCCUGAAGUCACCACCGAGCUUGGUAUUUGGCAAGCUGCCAUCCCAGGGCUGUGAGCACAAAAUUCUGUGGACAGCUGUGACCACCGGGCAGUCGGUCGCGUCACUCGACAGUCUCGUCUGUCACUACAUGACUCUCGCUCAGGAAGAUGAGUCUCAGGCAUCUUGCAAGUCGUUCAGCGCCAUCUAUUUUGGACCAGAGAGUGCCAAAGACCAUGAUGUGCCUUUCAUUGUGAUGCCUCACGGGGGACCACAUUCUGUAUACACAGAUUAUUUCAAAAUAGAGGCAGCAUUUUUUGCCCAGUUAGGCUUUGGAUUGUUGAUGGUGAACUAUCGAGGCUCCAUAGGUUCUGGGCAAGAAAGUGUGGAAUUCCUGCUUGGAAGAAUAGGCGAUUCAGAUGUGAAAGAUGUCCAUUUUGCAACAUGUCAAGCCUUGAAGCAGUUUCCAUUCCUCGACCCAAAGAAGAUGGUCUUAAUGGGAGGGUCGCACGGAGGAUUCCUCGUAACCCAUCUUAGCGGACGGUUUCCGGAUUUGUUCAAAGCAGUGGUGGCAUUAAAUCCAGUAAUAGACUUGCCUGCUAUGUGCGCUAUUAGUGACAUACCAGAUUGGGUUGCAGUAGAAACUGCAGUUCCAUACAAAAGGGCAGAUGAGAUGGACUUGACGGCACUGGAGAAGAUGAGGAAGUGCUCGCCGAUCACUUACGUAUCCAGCGUAGUUGCACCUACGCUGCUGCUGAUUGGCAGCAAGGACAGGCGUGUCCCAAGUAGUCAAGCCAUUAAUUAUUACUACAGCCUCAAAGCAAAUAAUAUAAAGACUAAGCUUUUGCUGUAUGAAGAUAACCACUCGUUGAGACAGACUCCUCAUGAAAUGGAUUUCCUCAUUAAUUCUGUUCUGUGGUUUCUUGAACACACUGCAUGAAGCAGGGUGAUCGCUCAGGGAGUAUAAAUAAUGAAGGUUUAUUUUAUACAUAACAGGUAUUAAGUGCCAUAUUUGUGCAAAUAUAAGUUGCACUUAAAUUUAAAUAAGAAAAUAAAAUCUCAUUCUUAAGCAGUAUCACAGCUUCAAAUUAAUUUUCCUUGGGGGUAUAUAAUUUUUUUAAACUUCAAAAGACAUUGGUUUUAGUGUUUUCAUGACAAUCACCUUCCAGACAAUCAUUUUGACUUUAUUUCGUGCAAUUAUCGAUUCUUACGUGAAACAUUUGUGUCUGUUAUUGGAAUAUUUGCAUUCAAUCUCUUGUUUAAAAGCAUAAUGGAACAUUCCCUAUCAGCCGCAAUUUAUCUUGCCAUGAAAAGAAUUCUGAUCGUAAGGCACGCCGUAGUGUGGUGGGACGCACAUUUGGAAGAAAAAGAAAGUUGUAUUUCAUAUAACCACAAUAUAACUGACAGGCUGAAUUUCAGUCUGAAAGUAGGAUGCUAAUUCAAGACGCCAAGCUUCAUGUGAUGCUGAAUAGGUCUGAUAAAUUAGUAAACAUUAAAUCUGAUGUAUUUUUACAUGCCAGUAGAGCAAUGCAGUGUCACUUAUGACGUAGGAAAGGUUACUUCAUGCAGUGGCUUAGUCUCUUGAUGCCUGCGUUAUUAGAUCUCGUUCCUGUGCGCGGUGCUUUACUCUGCUGGCAUGGGUUGUCGAGCUGUGAUAUUUGUAGGUACGAAGAAUAAUGAUUGCGCUUCCAAGAGUUAUCACAGUAGUUUUCUACUCCUUGUAGUUUCAGGAUGCUUCUUGCUCGGGGAGAAGGAGUAGUUUGUUUUAAAAAUGCUGUGUCUCGGUUGUCAUGGCUGAAUGAAGAUGCACUGCCAAAUGUGGUGUCGUUUGUUCGUGUCUGGACAUGCCGUGUGGUUCUGUAGAUGUGCACGGAAACUUUUGUGUAAGUUUGAUUAUUUUUAUGAUACCACAUGCCAGUCAAGGAACAUACACACCUGUGUUUCAAUUUUCUUGAAUAGUAGUAAAAAAGGUAGAAAAUGUAUCUUGGCGUUACGGUUUUGCUCUGUUACCCAUUGUUUUGGUUAUGGGUCAAGGAGAAGCAGGGAAAUACUUGCCUUGUGCUCAGUUUACUCGUGCCUAAAUUUCUUACAGAUAUUUUUAUACUGGGACGCUCAAAUUAAUAUGUGUAAAACACGAUAGUUAUAAGCAAUUAGAAUAAAAUACAUUAAUGA